AUGGAGAGACAGCAAGCGUUUCAACGACUGAAGCAGCCAUGCAUCGAGUUGCUGCAGGUAACGGCAGCACUGGCCCAGAGACAGAAUGGGAAGCGCGAACUCGUCCAGGCACUCACAAACUUACUCGAUGCUCUGACUGAGAUCAGCGCAAAGCCACACGCUCUUGACGCCAAGCUUGCCGAGUAUGCCUUUGUACCAGUCUCCCAAGUCCUCAGGCUCUCGCGGCAGGUUCCUGUGCGCGCCCUCGAACUUUGCCUCGAUUGUGUGUCAGUACUUCUGCGUUCAGGGUGGGGUGGUGGUAUGGAGCCGGCGCUAUCUGGCCAGCUGCUGAUCCUUUUUACCUUCCUGGCCAAGCCCUCGUCUGCAGAGAACGGCAUUGCUGCGACAUCAGAAGAACUGCAGGCGCUGGCGUUCAAGUGUGUUGGCGAACUCCUGGCUGAAGGAGCGCGCACAGCGUCCGGUAGAGAAGCGCUCACGGCCACCGACAACAUCCCAGCCCUCGGCGAAGCUGUCCUGACCACCUUGGACAGCCUUGUUGAAAGUAGCUCGAACAGCAUCAAGCUUGCAGCUGUCCAUGUAGUCAAGGCUUUGACCUCCGCGAUCGUCGACGAUGAUGCUUUGGCCAGCUUCUUGCCCAAACUGGUAUCCUCACUCACCAAGGUUCUGACCCCGGGGAGCGCCAACAAGGCCGGCUACCGAACCAUCGAGCAAAGCCUUGAGGCGCUGACACGGCUGUUUCAACGUCUCUUGAGCGAUCGUAAUACAGCAAAUCUUCCCGAGGUACUCAUCAGAGAUGCGGCCGACGACAAGCAAAUGCUGCGCUCGAAAUCAUGGCUGCAGGCCACGGCUUCUCAGAUCAAAAUCGCUCUGGCAAACAUCUACAAGAUGCGCAACCACGACAAGUCAGAAGCCCGAAAAGCACUCCUCAGGCUGUGUCUGUGCGUCAUACGGGACUGCCGUGUAUCACUUGCGGAUAGCACCAGCAUGAGCAUUGAAACAGUCAUCAGUCUGGUUGGCCGAGACGGAUCGAAAGACACAGUAGAAGACGAUUUGAGAAUCAUACUAGUGGCGGAUCAGCGGCUCGUAGACGUGCUGCGCGAGUGCCUUCACGACUGGGUGGUCUCGUUUCCUCGUGUCAUGCAGUCGAAGGAUGAUGGCAAACGCCGUCUCAUCAUCCAUCAGAUCUCAGUAACCCUGCGACUACUUGGACAGGAUCCGGUGACCAUUGACGACCGCUUGGCAGACGGCCUGAGAGACGGCGUCUCUGCGGUGCUUGCUGAUUCAAAAGGCUUGGAAGAGGUGGGAUCUGGAGGAACGGCAGGUUCCAUGGAGACCGGCCUAAUCCUGGGUCCCAGUCGGCAGUCAACAUUUCAGCCGCUGCAGCUCCGACUCAAGGGCCAGCAGGAUCUGAUGACAGAGUUUACGAUGCUGCUAUCUCAAAUGGCAAAAUCAGAUUCCGCACUCAAUGUCGUCCAGAAUCUCGUCCGGACUAUCAACAUGGGCACAGAAGAAAUGCAGCUAGCCAGCUACUGGGUAUCAGUCAAUCUGAUCAGGGAUCUGACUGUCAACAAUCCUUCGUUUGACGAUUUCAUCGACAGCGGCUCAUCGAACCCGCGAGAAGAGCUCUUGGACGACCUCUACUCGCACUCUGUCAUGCUUCUGACGGAACGAGAUCCCAGUACGAAUCUUCCCUGGCACUUUUAUGCGCUAGCUCUGGAGACUGUGGCUCUGCAGGCUGGACGCUACCGGAUGGAAUUCCGCGCUGAGUUGGGCGAAGUCCUGUAUCCCAUCCUGCACCAACUCGGCAGUCCCAACCCAGCCCUUCGCGAACACGCAAUCACCUGUCUCAACAUCUUGUCCGAUGCGUCCGGCUAUUCCAGUGCCCGCGAUCUCGUUGUCGACAACGUUGACUAUGUCGUGAACGCCGUCGGCCUGAAGCUCGCAGUCGGCGACGUAUCACCCCAGGCGCCUCAGGUCCUGCUCAUGAUGAUGCGGCUCUGCGGUCCAUCGCUCCUUCCCUACCUAGAUGACCUAGUCGGUAGCAUCUUCGAGGCCCUCGAGCGCUACCACGGCUACCCCGUGCUCGUCGAACUGCUCUUCUCCGUGCUCAAAGGCAUGACAGAAGAAGGCGUCAAAGCGCCACAACUCGCCCUCGAAGGGCGCACCAUAUCCUCGGUUGGAUCACCUGACAUCUCAAUAUCCACCGUCAUCACCACGCUCGCCAAGAUCAAAGACGACAAACAACGCCGUGCGCGCGAAGCCGAUGAAGAAACCCCCGUGCCAUUCCCAGAGAAACCCUGGGCCGAAACCGCACCAGCAGAAGACGCAGAAGAACAGCCACCGCCAGAGACCCCCGAGCCUCCACCCCCAGCGCCCCGCACCUUCUCCCUGCUCCUCAAAAUCGCAGACCUGACGCAGCACUACCUCCCCUCGCACUCGCCCUCGCUGCGCACAUCCCUGCUCGCCCUCCUGCGCACCGCCAUCCCCGCGCUCGCGCGCCACGAGAACAGUUUUCUGCCGCUCGUCAACACGCUGUGGCCCGUGCUGCUGCCGCGGCUGCAGGACAGGGAGGCGUAUGUCGUCGCGAGCACGCUCGAGGUUAUCGGCGUCAUGUGCGAGCACGCGGGCGGGUUCAUGCGGAGCCGCAUCGAGGCCGCGUUCCCUGUCCUGCGAGCGGUGCACAAGCGAACGCAGGAGCGCGCGUCGAAGGGUCAGGACCGGAAACCGCAGAGCACCGGCGGCGGAUCGCACGCCGGCGCCAUCGAGACGCAUUUCCAAUCCCUUAGCAUCUCCGCCCACCACCCGACCAAUCUCGACUCGAGUCUGGACACACACGCGCUGUACUCUUCCACGCCGACCCGCAUGAUCUGGGACGCUUUGGUCAGCUGUCUGUGCGCCAUCGCCGCACACGUCGGUAUCAGAGACGAGCAUUUCGAGCUCGUGCUGGACAUGCUUGACCCCGUCCUCGCGCGGCCGGAUGUCAGACAAGCGCUCGACAAGGCGAAUGCAGAUGCGCUGUGGUUGCGGAUGUACAGGCGCCGUGCUGGAGGGGGGAUGAAUAUGCCGGUGUUGAAUGCGAGGUUGGGGGCGAGGUUUGUGCUGGUGUCUUGCUAG